AUGGGUUCCGCUCAGAGCAAAGCGCCAGAGCAGACGUCGGAGGAGAAGCUCCUGGAGCGGCUCCGUAUGAUCCGGUUGCAAGACGCCGGGUCAACGGGCGACUACAUCUCGGUGGAUAGAGGAGACCCCCCCGCAUAUUCUCCUCGAAUCACCUCCUUGUCGAUCUCCGCUGCCGAACAAUGGGAGAAGGAGCUCUUAGAAGACCCUAAGAACCGUCUCGCCCUCGCGGCCCUGUCCUCCAACGCCGCGAACGACGUGCUCCGCUCCCGCGCCGUCACCAUUUCCGACGCCCAGAACUUCAACAUCAAGAUCCCCUUCGAGGGCAGCCCCGUCACGAACCAGCGCUCGUCCGGCCGAUGCUGGCUCUUCGCCGCAACCAACGUCUUCCGCGUCGCCAUCAUGCAGCGGUACAAGCUGAAGGAGUUCGAGCUGAGCCAGGCAUAUCUGUUCUUCUGGGACAAGCUGGAGAAGGCGAACUACUUCCUGGAGAACGUGCUGGAGACGGUGGAGGAGCCGUUGGAUGGGCGGCUGGUGCAGGAAUUGCUGUCGAGUCCGGUCGGUGAUGGCGGACAAUGGGAUAUGGUCGCCAAUCUCGUCCAGAAAUACGGCCUCAUCCCCCAAUCCCUCUACCCUGACUCCUUCAACGCCAUGAACUCCUCCGCCAUGAACGGCCUCAUCACCAGCAAACUCCGCGAAGAUGGCAUCCGCCUCCGCGCCAUGUCCCAGUCCAAAGACCCCUCCGUCCGCUCUUCCAUCUCCGCCACCAAAGACACGAUGCUCCGCGAGAUCCACCUGAUCCUCACUGUCAUGCUCGGGCCGCCUCCGAGCCCGACCGCCACGUUCACCUGGGAAUACCACGACAAGGACGGCGCGUUCCAGUCGCUCAAGGCGACACCGAAGGACUUCUCGAAACAGCUCUCCGACUCCAAGGCCGUCCGCGCAUGCGCCGGGACCGAUGUCCACAAGCUGUUCAGCCUCGUCAACGACCCGCGGAACGAGUACGGCCGGCUUCUCACUGUCAACCGCCUGGGCAACGUGCACGGCGGGCGGCCGAUCACGUACGUGAACGUGGACAUGGCGACGAUGAAAGCGGCGGUCGUCAAAAUGAUCCAGCGCGGGAUCCCCGUGUUCUUCGGGUCGGACGUCGGGAAAUACAGCGACUCGCGCAAGGGGAUCAUGGACACGGCGCUGUACGAUUACGAACUGGGGUUCAACGUGCAGUUGGGAUUGACGAAGGCGGAGCGACUGAUGACGAGGGAAAGCGCGAUGACGCAUGCGAUGGUGUUGACGGGGGUUCAUGUGGUGGAGGGGAAGGCGGUGCGGUGGAGGGUGGAGAACUCGUGGUCGGAGACGGCGGGGGAGAAGGGAUACUUCGUCAUGUCGGAUGCGUGGAUGAAUGAGUUUGUCUAUCAGGCGGUGGUGGAUCCGGCGUUCGUGAGCGAGGAGGUGAAGAAGGUGUUGGGGCAGACGCCGAAGGUGUUGAAUUUGUGGGAUCCGAUGGGGGCGCUGGCUUAG